AUGGCCAGCAGAUUGUCCAGUGCAAGCCACGCCAAACUUGAAGUCUCUCCUGCAGGUCGCAAAUAUUUCUCCAAAAUUUAUCCUCCCCGUCCUCCGAAAUCGCCCUUCCAAUUCCGGGGUCCUCUUCCUCACAACCGAACACAAUCUACUGCCUCAACAUUCAGCGGGAUUCGUCAGGGCGUCGUUAGACCUGGUAGGGCUGAGGCUUGCCUUCUGAUCUCGCCGGAUACCUCGAUUUCCCACCUACGACCAUCGAGGUGUGUGCCCGCUGUAGCAUCUUUAAUUUCUACCCCGCCAUCACAAUCUACAACCCGACGAAAUUUCUCCAGCACCCCGGCAGCCAUGGGGGCAAGCAAGAUUGAUGGCAAGGCGAUCGCCCAAAAGAUAAGGGAGCGACUAGCUCAAGAGAUACGCGAGAAGCAAAAGGUCAAUCCACGCUAUAAGCCAUGUCUAAAGAUCAUUCAAGUCGGAGACCGGCCUGACUCGACCACAUAUGUCCGCAUGAAGUUAAAGGCUGCCGAGGAAGCUGGCAUUGAAUGUGCUCUGAUUCAUCUCCCUGAGACCAUCUCGGAACCAGAGCUGGUGCAGCAGAUUACGGACUUUAACAAUGAUCCAGCUGUCCACGGGAUACUGGUCCAGCUGCCAUUGCCCAAGCAUCUUUCGGAGCACACGAUUACUUCAGCCGUGCUGGAUGAGAAGGACGUUGAUGGGUUCGGAGCUACAAAUAUCGGAGAGCUUGCAAAGCGAGGUGGAAAGCCGUUCUUCGUUCCAUGCACCCCCAAAGGCGUCAUGGUUCUUUUGCAAGAGACUGGUAUCGAAGUUAAAGGCAAAAACGCUGUCGUCCUUGGCCGUAGUGACAUUGUGGGCAGUCCUGUCAGCUACCUCUUGAAGAACGCCGACGCUACCGUCACAGUCUGCCAUUCCAAAACCCAGAACCUGAAGGACGUUGUGAAACAAGCAGAUAUAUUGGUUGCUGCCAUUGGACAACCUGCCUUUGUCAAGGGAGACUGGCUGAAACCCGGAGCCGUGGUCAUCGAUGUCGGCACCAACUACAUCCCCGACGCAUCCAAGAGCUCCGGCCAGCGACUCGUGGGCGAUGUUGAAUUUGAGUCUGCUGUGGAGGUUGCUUCUUAUAUCACUCCUGUACCUGGCGGCGUCGGCCCCAUGACGGUGGCCAUGCUCAUGCAAAAUGUUGUCGAUGCUGCCACUACUUACUUCGAGAAAUUGAAGGCCAGGCACAUCACACCACUACCGAUUAAGCUUCAGAAACCUGUCCCGUCAGACAUUGCAAUCUCGCGUGCACAGCACCCGCGCCACAUUACCCAUAUUGCCAGUGAUGUUGGUAUCGCUCCUCACGAGUUGGAGCAGUAUGGCCCGCACAAGGCGAAAGUUGACCUAUCCCUUUUGUCAAGACUUCAGCACCGUAAGAACGGAAAAUACAUCCUGGUUAGCGGCAUUACACCGACCCCCUUGGGAGAAGGAAAGUCUACAACUACAAUGGGUCUUACCCAGGCUCUGGGAGCCCACUUGGGCAGGCUAACGUUCGCCAACGUGCGACAGCCAAGCAUGGGCCCAACUUUCGGGAUUAAAGGCGGUGCCGCUGGCGGUGGUUACAGCCAGGUUAUUCCUAUGGAUGAGUUCAACCUCCAUCUUACGGGUGACAUUCAUGCCAUCACGGCUGCAAACAACCUACUUGCUGCAGCCAUUGACACACGCAUGUUUCACGAAUCGACUCAAAAGGAUGGCCCAUUGUACAAAAGAUUGGUGCCAAGCAAGAAGGGUAAGCGCGAAUUCGCGCCUGUCAUGUUCCGAAGAUUGAAAAAGCUCGGAAUCGACAAGACCAACCCUGACGACCUAACGGAGGACGAGAUCCGGCGUUUCGCACGGCUAGAUAUUGAUCCUGAAUCCAUCACCUGGAGGAGAGUGCUUGAUGUGAAUGACCGACAUUUGAGAGGUAUCACAAUCGGCCAGGCACCCACCGAGAAAGGCCAUACGCGACAGACAGCGUUUGAUAUUUCCGUGGCCAGUGAGUGCAUGGCCAUCCUUGCUUUGAGCAAUGACCUUAGGGACAUGCGUGAGCGUUUGGGUCGCAUGGUUAUUGGCUUUUCCAAAUCUGGCGAACCCGUCACCUGCGACGAUAUUGGUGCCGGUGGUGCCCUGACAGCUCUGAUGAAGGAUGCUAUCAAGCCCAAUCUUAUGCAGAGCUUGGAGGGGACUCCGGUUUUCGUCCACGCCGGUCCAUUCGCCAAUAUCAGUAUCGGCAACAGCUCUGUCCUGGCUGACAAGUUGGCUCUGAAACUCGCCGGAACCGAGCCGGACGAGGACCAUGAAGCCAAGGCUGGCUUUGUUGUGACCGAAGCAGGCUUCGACUUCACCAUGGGCGGCGAGCGGUUCUUCAACAUCAAAUGCAGAUCCUCGGGUCUUGUCCCUGACGUCGUGGUUGUCGUGGCUACUAUUCGCGCAUUGAAGGUCCAUGGCGGCGGCCCAGAAAUCUCGGCAGGAGCACCUCUACCCGAAGCUUACCGCACGGAGAACACUGAAAUGCUCCGUGCCGGAUGCGUCAAUCUGAAGAAACACAUUGCCAACGCCAAAUCGUACGGAAUCCCGGUGGUUGUCGCGAUCAACAAGUUCGACACCGACACAGAAGCAGAACUCAAGGUCAUUGAAGAAGAGGCUCUGGCCGCCGGAGCUGAAGCCGCUGUCCCGGCAAAUCACUGGGCCGAAGGUGGCGCCGGUGCAGUCGACCUCGCGAAGGCCGUGAUCGAGGCCUCGUCCAAGCCUAAGGACUUCAAGCUGCUUUACGACCUUGAAGGAAGCGUGCAGGAGCGCAUCGAAAAGAUCGGAAAGGAUAUGUAUGGCGCAGCCAAGGUGGAGUUCAGCGAAUUGGCUCAGAAAAAGGUCGACAUGUAUACCAAACAAGGGUUCGGCAACCUGCCCAUCUGCAUUGCAAAGACGCAGUAUUCUCUCAGUCAUGACCCUGCGCUCAAAGGUGCGCCAACUGGGUUUACAGUUCCUAUUCGCGACGUUAGACUUGCUGUUGGUGCUGGAUAUCUGUAUGCUCUGGCUGCCGAUAUCCAGACUAUUCCUGGGCUUCCAACCGCCCCGGGAUACUUGAAUGUCGACGUGGAUCCCGAGACCGGCGAGAUUGAUGGCCUGUUUUAG